AUGGAGUUAAAAAUGGGAAGAAAAACGGCACAGCCUCUGCUGCUGUUGCUACUGAUUGCUAGUUCUUCGUUGACCGUGUUUGGGCAACGUCUGACACCGGCUGCGGAGUGGAACAAUCGUGAGUUUUCACCGGUUCAGGAUGAGUCCAGCCCGCGGGAUGAUCUCGUCGACCAGAGCUAUCGCCUGCCGACCGAUACGGUUCCCACACACUAUACCAUCCGGUUGCACACGGACCUGCACACGGGAAGCCGCACAUUCCACGGUGCCGUCGAUGUGCACUUUGAUGUGAUCGUACCGACGAACGCAAUCACGAUGCACAACCGGGGUUUGGCGAUCGCCUCUGCCGCUCUGUUUGCCAAGCAACAAGACGGUCUGCUGGUGGAGUUUGGAUUCCCGCACUACGAGCUGGACGCACGCACGGAGCAGCUUACGUUCCAUCCAGGACAAGUGCUUCCGAUUGGGAGCUACGUGCUAGCGAUCGAGUAUAGUGGCAUGCUCGAGACGUCUUCUAACAGUGGGUUCUUCCUGAAGUCCUACGUCAAUGACGCAGGUGUUCGCCGGUACGUUGGUACUACGCAGUUCGAAUCGACCAACGCGCGCAUGGCUUAUCCAUGCUACGACGAACCGCUCCUUAAGGCUAGCCACACUCUGUGGAUCACGCACAGUGGCGAGUACAACGCCGUCUCUAAUAUGCCCGUUGAAGCGAUCGUUCCGUCCGAGACGGACGAUGGUUAUGUGACGACCAAAUUCGGACCGACACCCAAGAUGUCAACCUAUCUGCUGGCAUUCGGUGUGUCCGACUUCGUCUCCAUCGAGGAUGGAAAGCAGCAGGUGUACGCUCGUCCGAAUGCCAUCCACGAGGCUAAGUUUGCGCUGGAAGCAGGUGUUAAGACAUUGGACGCACUGAAUGAGUACACGUACGUGUCGUACUACGACUACAUGCCUAAGCUUUCGCAGAUGGCCAUCCCGGAUCGUGGAGGUGGUGCUAUGGAAAACUGGGGCUUGGUUAAGUACGGAGAACCUGCACUGCUGUUCAACCCGGAUCGCAACACGUACCGUACACGCAAGGGCAUUGCUGUAGUCAUCUCGCACGAGUACGCCCACCAAUGGUUCGGGAACCUGGUUGGACCGCACUGGUGGAGCUACAUCUGGCUCAACGAGGGUUUUGCCAAUCUCUUCGGCUACAUUGGUGCUGAUCUGGCGUACCCGUCGGAGCGCUAUUGGGAUCUGUAUGCGGUUGAGAACGUUCAAAAUGCGUUUGGACCUGACUCUACUGAAACCAUCCGACCGAUGACGCAGGAUGCUACGACUCCAUCGGCCAUUUCGGGACUCUUCGACUCAAUUGCUUAUGACAAAUCUGGAAGCGUACUAAACAUGUUCCGAAUGGUGCUCGGUGACGACAACUUCCGCGCAGGUCUGAAGGUGUACUUCGAGAACCGCCAGCUGGAUGGUGCCGUUGCGGAUGAUUUAUACGCAGGACUACAGGCGGCCAUCGACAACACGGACGUGCUGCCGGCAGGUGUCAACGUGAAGCUGCUAAUGGACAGCUGGACGACGGAACCAGGCUACCCGGUGUUAACCGUGCGUCGUAACUACAACGAUGGAUCGGUGAUCCUGUCGCAGGAGCGCUUCUACGAUGACAAGCGCAUGCCAAACAACCACGUUUGGUUCAUCCCGUACUCCUACGCCAGCGCAUCCAAGCCAAACUUUGACGAUCUUGCGCACUUCCGUUGGCUAUCGGAGAAGGCCGAUCGCUUGGAAACCACCGUUCCUGCUGACGAGUGGAUCAUCUUCAACAAAAAGCAGACGGGUUACUACCGAGUGAACUAUGACGCCCACAACUGGCUGAUGAUCGCGGAAGCUCUCCGUCAAGAUCCGUCCGUCAUCCAUCGGUUCAACCGCGCUCAGCUGAUCAACGAUGCGUUCCAUCUAGCUCGUGCCAAUCGCCAUGAUAUGACAAUGGCAUUGGAUCUGCUGCGAUACCUUUCCGCGGAACACGAGUACGUUCCUUGGGCGGCAGCUAACGGUGUGCUGAACUACUUCUACAACAAGCUGCGCGGAACUGCCAACUAUCACGAUUUCAUCGUGUACGUUGAUGCCCUUAUCGGUAAGGUGUUCGAUAGCCUCGGUGACAUCACCGCGGUGCCAGAGGACGAAGCUCUACUGCACAAGUACCUGAAGCAGCUCAUCUCAACCUGGGCCUGCCGGGUCGGCUACACCGAAUGUCUGCGUCAGACGACCGAGGCUCUGCACGAGGCCGUCGAAAGCAACACUCCGGUACAUCCGGACGUGUCGUACGUCGUGUACUGCUACGGUCUGAAGGGUGCCACUGACGAAGAGUACCGCUGGCUGUUUGAUCAGAUGAUCCAAUCACGCAACGAAGCCGAACGUACCCUACUGAUUGACGCACUGGGAUGCGCUCAGGAUCAGUCUCAACUCAAAUCACUCCUCUCCGUUGCCAUCGGAAGCAACUCCGAGCUGGACAGUCUGCUGCCAAGCGAGCGAUCUCGCAUCGUCUCAUCGAUCUACUCGGCGGGUCGCUUCGGAGUGGAGGCUCUAAUCGAUUCCUUGUCCGAUCCGGUCAUUGCCGGCGAGUUCCUGAACCGUCUCGGUCAGGGUACGCUGAACGGUGUCGUGUCAAAUGUGGCCUCGCGUACCAACAACGCAGGUGAGCUGAAGCAACUAGAACACUUUUUGGAGGCACUAGGCAAUCUGAUCAGCCCGGAAACGGCAGCAGCUGCCCUGCGUACGGUGAGCACCAACGAAGCGUGGUUCGAUUCGUACGAAGGCGUCCUUUCGACCACGUACUUUGCUGAUUUUGCUAACUGA